CUUUUUGCACACAUGCAAAACUGUUUGAUGUACGAUUACAUCUAGUAUCGAGUACCGAUAUAAUCGUUCAGUGCCAGUAGCCUUCCUCUUGUUCUAUGGCCUCUCGUUCAGCAUUUUGAUGAUGAUGUGAAUAAUUGUCACUUGUGGAAUGGAAUUUUUGCUCAGAGAGAAGAGGGUGACCUCUGCGCUGAGAUCUCUUAGCCUAGAUAUAGACUUAAGCUUCGAGAUCCAGUUUUAUUAAAAGCAUUGAUCUUUAAAUCAAAUAAGUAAUUUAAAAUGGAAGAGCCGAGGCUGGAGUCUGAGUAGCCUGUUGGCCUUGUUUAGCAGGCAGGCCUAGCAAGCAGCCAAGCUAGAAUUAGCCUUUUUUUGGGGUGAAAGUCAGUCAGUGGAGAGCCCAGGGAAAAGUCUGCCAACUGCUGGAAUAAAUGCAACUUAAUACAAUGAGCAGAUUUAUAAAGAAAGUUUGUGAAGCCCUUGCGGAUGCAUCAUGUACCUUUUAGCAGCAUUAUGUCAUCUCAUGAAUUCAAGUUGUGGUGGUGGCUCUCGAGGCUUAGAAUUAGAGUGUUGCAAUUAAGCACUCUCAGUUGUAUCAAUGAAUUGCACAUUUUUCAUCAAUCCUAAAUGUUGCCACUCUGGUACAUCAGGUGUUUGGUAGAGGAUGUCAGAAGAAGGACCAGCGGCCAGCACGUUAACCUUGUUACAAAUUAAGUUGGAGCCCGAGUGGAACUCGGCCUUGGAAGACGUUAACAUGGGGGCUUCUUCCCAUCUCAAUACCCCUGCUGUUGAAAACAAUAGUAAUUUGCAAGCUGUUGAAGAAUCUUCUUCUCAAGGUUCUAUAUCCCAGAAUUGCGAGGAAGGAAUGGCGGAUAUGUCGAGUGAUGAUGAGAGAAUUAUAAAACUGGAGCCACCUGACUCUGACGAUGAAGAGAGCACAGAUGAGCUACUGAAGACAACUGUGGAAGCCACUUCUGCCAUUGAACGGAAGAGCAAUGGUGAUUUCAUACGCAUAAUAGGAGAUCGAAAGUCUUGUGCCAAGCAAAUCGAAUGUGAUGAGUGUGGGAAGAUGCUGUCAGGAAGAGAUAGCUACAGGCAGCAUAAAGCUAUUCAUAAAGGGGAAAGGCCAUACGGUUGUGGUGUCUGUUCUAAAACAUUUAUCACUAAAAAGCAAAUUACUAAGCACAUGCGGACUCACAGUGGAGAGAGACCGUAUACCUGUACUGAGUGUGGCUACAGCUUUUCUGAUCGUAGUUGUUGUGUUCGUCACAUGCGACGUGCUCACUGCCGAGAGGCUGGGAAAUUUCUUUGUAGUCAGUGCUUGAAAAUUUUUCACUCAGAGCAAGAAAUCAUCAAGCAUAGAGCUGAACAUGAAUUUCAGAAGAGAAACAAACGAUUUGACUGUCAGUAUUGUACAAAAUAUUUUAAGCAACGCUCCCAGCUUAUGGCUCAUGAGAAAAUCCACACCCAGGUGAAAGAAUUUAAUUGCUCUGUGUGCUUUAAGGCUUUCCUUACCAAAGAUAGAUUAGUGAAACACUCGAGGACUCACUUGUUAGACAAGCCAUUCCAGUGUGGAGAGUGCAGCAAAGGUUUUUCCACCAAGCGGGGGUUGUUGGAUCACAUGGCCCAUCACUCUGGUGAGAAACCUUUCUCCUGCACUGUGUGUAACCGAGGAUUUAUCAGAAAAAGCCAUUUAGAGAAUCAUAUGUCCGUUCACUCGGAGACAAAACCUUUCAAGUGUGACCGUUGCUUUAAAUGUUUCGCCCAGCAGACCUACCUUAUAACUCACUCAAAGGUUCAUGAGUCUUGUAAGCAUUUUCAUUGCUCGAUGUGUAGCAAGCGUUUUCGAACCAACAGUGCUCUCAAGCUUCACCAGACAAUGCACAAUGAGACGUGGGAGUACUCGUGUGAUGACUGCGGCCGAAAGUUUGCCAACUUAAAGUACCUAAACCGCCAUCGGGUGCGGCAUGAUGAGUCCAAGGGCUACAAAUGUUUGGACUGUGGUAAGACCAAGUGGUCAAAGGCUGAGCUGAUGGAACACAUGCGUGCACACACAGGAGAACGUCCGUUUCAGUGUCCGGUGUGUGGCAAUUGUUUUGCAUAUGCCUGGAGUCGAAAGAUGCACAUCAAGAAGUUUCAUUCAGAUGUUAAGACUGAGCCUAAAGAAGAAAUCUAACUAAGCCAUACAAAAGUUAUAAUCUACGUACUGUAUUUCAUGUUUAUUUCACCACUGCCCAAGUCAUUUUUGGAAAAAAUGGAACUAGAAGGUCCACUAUAUAUUCUUGGUUCUUAUUUUUACCUGUGGAUAGUUCAAAAAGCUUUACUUUUGCCUUUGACUUUGAGUUUGAUAAUCACAGGAGAAAAAUUAAAGUAGAAGGUGUUGACAAAAAGUAGACCAGUUUACUCACCAAAUAACAAAGUGACUUGGGGCAAGUGUGGGAAGAACAUGACUUUAAUAUGCCUUUGUUUAGACUUAUAACUGAAAACUCAUUACAUGCCUUAUGAUAUUUAUUGAACUGCCAUGUGUUUUUGCCAGAGCUGACAUAUUAUAUGUGAUAGAGAAUGUUCUAUAGAAAGCAGCUGCUGUGAAGUGUGGAGGGGGAGAUAUGGUGCCCUAUGUUCAGGUUCAUCCAAAAAAUUUUAAGCACGAUACAGAGUGUCAGUCAAGUGCCAUGCUUCAGUCUUUAGCCAGUUCAAGGAAGCAAGUGUUUAACUUGAGAUUGCAAUGGUUAAUUUGUUUAGAUCCAGGGUUUAGUUGUGUCUUGUUGGUGUAUCGUUGUUUAAAAAAAUAUUGUUUUCAUUAAAUUUGUUGUGAGAAAUCAGCUGUAUUAAAAUUAAACAGCUCAUAAGUUUGUACGGUCUAGCAUGCAAAUAACGAAAUAUGAAAAUGAUAUCAAACAGAAUUUUAGGUCCAAAAUUUUGUUUUAUACAUGUACUUGUAUUUUUUUGUAUUUGAAUCACCUACAUAUAGCAAAAUUCGUACACAAUGAAAAGAUUUCUGUGUCCCAUAAAUUUCACUGUAUGUGCAUGUUAGACUCUAAUUUUACUGUUCAUCGUAAGCGUGAUAUCUUUACGGAAAUUUGUGAAAGCUGUUGCAUUGUAAGGGCUAUUUGUUAUACAGUUCAGCAGGUUGUAGAUAUUAUAACCAUGUUACCAAAGAUACUAGUCAUUGUUAUUUUAAUUAUUUGGUUUAUAUUCUUUCACAUGAGGCCUAUUUGUUACAUUUGUUUGACUGAAUUCAUGACUGUUUCUCUAUUUCAGUUGAUUUUGUUUAUUUUUUAUAGAUUUUAAACAGCAUUUUAUUCUUUUUCACUGUGCUGUUGCAACCUACAAUCAAUCCAAUGGCAUUUGUAUCCAGGUUGACAAAAA